UGGCAUCGGGUGCGACCUGUGCGUGGAGCUGAGUCCUGGAGCUGUCGGCCCUCCCGCGCGCUGGUCGCCUCAUGCUGCGGGCCGCGGCCGCCAGCCCCUGCUCGGAUCGGCGGCGCUAAGGCGCCGGGGCAGCGCGCGACAUGUCGUCGGGCCUCCGCGCCGCCGACUUCCCCCGCUGGAAGCGCCACAUCUCGGAGGAGCUGAGGCGGCGGGACCGGCUGCAGAGGCAGGCGUUCGAAGAGAUCAUCCUGCAGUAUAACAAGUUGCUGGAAAAGUCAGAUCUUCAUUCAGUGCUGGCCCAUAAGCUACAAGCUGAAAAGCAUGACAUACCGAACAGGCAUGAGAUAAGUCCUGGACAUGACGGUGCAUGGAAUGAUAGUCAGCUACAAGAAAUGGCCCAGCUGAGGAUUAAACACCAAGAAGAACUGACUGAAUUACACAAGAAACGUGGAGAGUUAGCUCAGUUGGUGAUUGACCUGAAUAACCAAAUGCAGCAGAAGGACAGGGAGAUGCAGAUGAAUGAAGCAAAAAUUGCAGAAUGCUUGCAGACCAUCUCUGAUCUGGAGACGGAGUGCCAAGAGCUGCGCAGUAAGCUGCAGGACCUUGAAAGAGCCAACCAGACCCUGAAGGAUGAAUACGACGCACUGCAGAUCACUUUCACGGCCUUGGAGGAGAAGCUGAGGAAAACCACUGAUGAGAACCAGGAGCUGGUCACCAGGUGGAUGGCCGAGAAAGCCCAGGAAGCCAACCGCCUCAAUGCAGAGAAUGAGAAGGAUUCAAGGAGGCGCCAAGCCCGGCUGCAGAAAGAGCUUGCAGAAGCAGCAAAGGAACCUCUACCAGUUGAACAGGAUGAUGACAUUGAAGUCAUUGUGGAUGAAACCUCCGAUCACACUGAGGAGACUUCUCCCGUGCGAGCCAUCAGCAGAGCGGCCACUAAGCGACUCUCGCAGCCUGCUGGAGGCCUUCUGGAUUCUAUCACUAAUAUCUUUGGGAGGCGCUCUGUCUCUUCCUUUCCAGUUCCCCAGGAUAAUGUGGAUACUCACCCUGCUUCUAGUAAAGAAGUGAGGGUGCCAAUGACUGCGUCCUGCGUCUUUGAUGCUCAUGACGGGGAAGUCAACGCUGUGCAGUUCAGUCCAGGGUCCCGGCUGCUGGCCACAGGAGGCAUGGAUCGGAGGGUUAAGCUUUGGGAAGUGUCCGGAGACAAAUGUGAGUUCAAGGGUUCCCUCUCCGGCAGUAACGCAGGAAUUACAAGCAUUGAAUUUGAUAGUGCUGGAUCUUACCUCUUAGCAGCUUCAAAUGAUUUUGCCAGCCGAAUAUGGACUGUGGACGAUUAUCGGUUGCGGCACACCCUCACCGGACACAGUGGCAAAGUGCUGUCAGCCAAGUUCCUGCUGGACAAUGCGCGUAUUGUUUCUGGAAGUCAUGACCGGACCCUCAAACUCUGGGAUCUACGCAGCAAAGUCUGCAUAAAGACAGUGUUUGCGGGAUCUAGCUGCAAUGAUAUUGUCUGCACAGAGCAGUGUGUCAUGAGUGGACAUUUCGACAAGAAAAUUCGUUUCUGGGACAUCCGAUCAGAGAGCAUCGUCCGAGAGAUGGAGCUGUUGGGGAAGAUUACUGCCCUGGACUUAAACCCAGAAAGAACUGAACUCCUAAGCUGCUCCCGUGAUGACCUGCUCAAAAUCAUUGAUCUACGGAUAAAUGCUGUCAGGCAGACCUUUAGUGCACCUGGGUUCAAGUGCGGCUCCGACUGGACGAGAGUUGUGUUCAGCCCUGAUGGCAGUUACGUGGCAGCAGGCUCGGCCGACGGCUCUCUCUACAUCUGGAGUGUGCUCUCAGGGAAAGUGGAGAAGGUCCUUUCAAAGCAGCAUGGCUCGUCAAUCAAUGCGGUGGCAUGGUCCCCCUCGGGCUCCCACGUCAUCAGUGUGGACAAAGGAAGCAGAGCUGUGCUGUGGUCAGAAUAUUGACGGCACCUCCUCAGGAGAGAGCGGAUCCAAAGCCAGAGAAGCACACGGGCCGCCACAGCUCUGUCCUGGCAGGGGGUGUGUUGGGUGUAGCUUUGACCUCCAGAGAAGAGCUCGAGCCGUGCGGCGUGAUGGCCUUCCUUUGAACAGGAUUUCUGAGGAUUUUGGCUGAGGUCUCUCAUGGCCUGAAAGAAUAACACUGAAAAAAAUCUGACACUGCAGUCACUUAGCAGAGGUUCAGGUUCUUGCCUUGGUUCGGGUGGGAAACACUACUGGCUCUGAUCUUCCAUACCUCACUGGGAGAGCACAGGCACCGCUGGUUUCCUCGCUGGACGGCAGUGCCAAACACCCCACACGUCUAGGUGUCGGUGCUCCCUCCAUGCUUCCUCCCGUCCUUCCAAAGUCGUUUCUGACCUAAUGCAUGUCCUGUCACCGUGGGGUCAUUUUCCCCUGAACUUGCUUUAAUCAUUGGAUUAACAGAAACUCAGACAGGAUUACUCCUGCCCUCAGGUAGUCCACAGGGGCUGCCCUGAUUUCUGAGGAGACGUGGGCCUGUGGUUGGCCUGCUGGUCUGCAUCGUUAUUACGAGGCUGUUGCUCUGAUCUCACGUGAUUACUGUUGGAAUUUCCUUAGAUCCCCUAAACUGUUCUUGGAAAGCAACCGCUCUUCGAAGCUUCUGACUCCCUUCCCCCUCAGCGAUUCUACAGAUCUACUUCUUGGUCAAGAAAUAAGUAUCAGUUUGGUUAAAAAAUAUUUUUCUGAGGUAGAGAGGAAGUGCAAAAACCUUUUUCCAGAGAACUGGGUGUGCUGCAGGAGUAAAGGAUGUGUCUGUGCUAUUCCCAGGAGGCACACACGCCACAGUCUUUCCAAGUGUGCUUACAUUACAGUUGCUGGUGACAAGGGGUUUGCAGCCUCGAAGGUAUUACUGUGGAGCCAGUAGUUCUGGGUCUGCCCCUUUGCCAAGCCCACGUGCAAUACCCCCCCCCCCCCGGUGCUUUAGUGCGAGAAGCCCAUCCCAGGGAGCACGGGAAUGUUGUCUGUUGAUUUCAGGAGUUGUGGUUAAGUCCGGGAAACAGCAGGCCUGUGGCAUUUUUUUUAAACAUUUAUCUUCACCAUUUUACCUGUAUAUAAAAUUUUAGUUCUUUGAGUGAGUGAAACACCAAUAUUUUUAUCACUUUUUAAUUUGCACUUUAAUUUUUUUCCUUCCAAACUCGUUCUCUGGACAGUUGUGGAUGUAUGUGCUAUGAGUGAGGGGAUGAGCCGCGCUUUUCCUCCGAUGGGGGCCUAUUCUCCCCCCCUUCCCCUGCCCUCGUCCCCUUUCACAUUUGCCAGUUCGGAGAAUUCACAGGCCAGGGCACAUCUUUUAUUUAUUUAAUUAUGUUGCCCCACAGAACUUGAUUGUAAAUAAAUAAAUAAAGCUGUUAUAUACUUUUCAAA